UACAGAAACGAAAAGAUCAACGUAGUAUACGAGGUAAAAAUCAGUCACUCUGAUUAUCAAGCCUGCACAGUUUCAGUUCACAUUUAUAACUCCUCCGUUCGAUUAAAAAGAAAAAGUAUAAAAGCUAGUCGUCAAGUGGAAAGCAAGGAUACAGAAUGGCGGAUACAGCACAAUUUAUUCACGACCGUUUCCAACGUUUUAUGAACGGCAUCGGCGAGCGCUAUGAGCCCUUCAUCCGUCAGCACCUCUCCAAGGUGUAUAUGGUGCUGGCGAGCACCACCGCAGCUUCGGCAGUAGGAGCCUUACUUCAGAUGCGCGGAACUUUUGAUUUGGGUAUAAUAGCGGCUAUUGCUUCACUGGUGCUGGUCCUGGGUCUGCACUUUUAUAAAGACGAUGGCAAGAACUACUACACACGCUUGGGAAUGCUAUAUGCCUUUGGCUUUUGUUCGGGACAAACACUGGGCCCCCUAUUGGACUACAUAUGCAGCAUCAAUCCGGCAAUUAUACUAACUGCGCUCACCGGGACCUUUGUCACCUUUGGUUCAUUGUCGUUAGCCGCUUUGCUUGCCGAACAGGGCAAGUAUUUGUAUCUGGGCGGCAUGUUGGUUAGCGUCAUUAACUGCAUGGCUUUGCUUAGUCUCUUCAACAUGAUCUUUAAAUCGUACUUUGUCCAAAUUACUCAAUUGUACGUUGGCGUCUUUGUUAUGGCCGCCUUCAUUGUGUACGACACCCAAAAUAUUGUGGAUAAGUGUCGCAUGGGCAACCGCGAUGUGGUCCAACAUGCAUUGGACCUUUUCUUUGAUGUUUUGAGCAUGUUCCGCCGUUUGUUGAUUAUUUUGACCCAAAAGGAGGAGCAAAAACAAAAUGAUCGUCGCAAGCGUAAGCAAUAAGGAGCACGAUCUUCUCUUACAAUACAAAUUAAUUAUGUUGGGCACUAUUUUAAAUUUCAAAAGAUAAGCCGUGUUAAUAUUUUGGCUUUAUAUUAUAUCUCACACGUAAAACAAGGAAUGUACAAAAAUUACAACAUUUGGUACACAUGAAAACCAUGCAAAUCCCGACCUAAAUACCAUCUAAUAAAAUUCAAUUCAUUCAAUCGACUACA